AUCGGACCGCAUCUCGCCCAGGGAAGCUUUGGUCCAGAGGUAAGCAGCGAAGUAGACUGUGGCGAGAUUUUUAACGCAUUUUUCUGCUUACGAAUAGGAUCCGGAGUUGUUGUAACAGGGCUGCAGGAUUGAAAGGGAUCUGCAACAUCCACCGUGAUCCCCGGAGUCUUCUCUGCCAAGUGCCCUUAGGCGUACCCAAAGGAUGCUGCUGUUUGCACUGCUCGUCCUCAGUCACACUACCCUGGGUUUACCUAAUGCUGAUGACGUCACCAUUCCACCCUGGGUAUCCACUGAAAGUCAUCCAACUACGACUGAGGCAUCUACAUCAUCGCUAUUUACAACAAAGAAAGCUGAGAACUUCGAUGUGCGGCUGCCUCGAUCCCUUAAGCCACUCCAUUACCUAGUCAAACUUCAACCUUUCAUCAAUGGCAACUUCAGCAUCAUCGGCUAUAUGGAGGUAGAGAUGGAGGUUCUGGAACCCACCUCCAACAUCACUCUCCACAUAUCCGAUAUCAUCACUAAAAAUGACACCGUAAAGGUGUAUACAUCGGGCCAAGCACAACGCCGAGGAUUGAGGAUCAAGAAACACGAGUAUGAUCGUGGUCGUCAGUUUUACAUCGCUCAUUUAAGGAAAGAGCUACAGAAGGGGAAAAAGUAUAUCCUGUCCAUGGAGUUCCUUGGUUAUCUUAAUGGUGAGAUGCAUGGCUUCUACAGGGCGACCUACAAGGAUGUUGCUGGCAACACCAGAAAUGUGGCUGCGACACAGUUCCAGCCCACCGCCGCUCGCAAAGCCUUUCCUUGCUUCGACGAGCCCGCACUGAAGGCAACCUUUGAAAUUCACCUCGCAAGAGAAUCUUGGAUGACGACCCUCUCCAACAUGCCCAUCGCCGAUACUGUGCCUGUUGAAGGACAGGAAGGAUGGGUGUGGGACCGUUACGAGAUGAGCGUCCCCAUGUCUACCUACCUCGUCGCCUUCAUUGUGUCUGACUACGUUCAGAUCAACUCGACCGUGAAUGACAGCGUAGCCUUUCGAGUGUGGGCGCGACAAGAGACCAUAGAUCAAGCAGAGUAUGCAAAUGAGGUGGGUCCCAAGAUCCUAGGUUUCUUUGAAGAUUACUUCAACCUGUCUUAUCCUCUCCCGAAGAUGGACAUGAUUGCAUUAACAGACUUCUCUGCAGGAGCUAUGGAGAACUGGGGUCUAAUAACUUACAGGGAAAGUUUUCUCUUGUACGACGCACAAGUUACAACCCCAGUCGACAAGUCAAUCAUUGCAGAAAUUAUAUCCCAUGAAUUGGCUCACCAGUGGUUCGGUAAUCUGGUGACGCCCAAGUGGUGGGAUGAUCUCUGGCUCAACGAAGGAUUCGCUACCUAUAUAAGUUACCUUGGAGUAGAUCAUGUAGAACCAACGUGGAAGGUAAUGGAAACAACCCUCGUCGAAAUCGUCCAUAAUGUGUUUGGUCUAGACAGCCUAGAAUCUUCCCACAGGAUCAGCAUUCCCGUCUCAGACCCGGACGAAAUAUUUGAAGUCUUUGAUGACAUAUCCUACAGUAAAGGGUCGUCUAUCAUCCGGAUGAUGACCCACUACCUCACUGAGGCAACAUUUAGGAAGGGAUUGAACAACUACUUAAAAGCACUCACAUACAAUAGUUCUGUGCAAGACGACCUGUGGAAGCAUCUGACUGUGGCGGCUCACGAGGACGGCAUUCUGCCUAAGGACGUGACUGUCAAAAUGAUCAUGGACACGUGGACGCUGCAGAUGGGCUACCCCGUCGUGAAGGUGACGAGGAGCGCCGACGGAACCUCUGCCAUUUUAACCCAGGAGCGGUUCCUCUUAGAAACGAGCGCAAACUCUUCCAACACCACGGGUUACAAGUGGUGGGUGCCGCUGACGUACACGACCCAGAGCGAGCCCAACUUCAACCAGACUCAAGCCAAGCUAUGGAUGAAGGACUCUGAGGAUCACGUGACCGUCACAUCUCUCCCCCCGAAGGAUCAGUGGGUCAUCUUCAACCUACAGGAGACGGGCUACUACAGAGUCAACUACGACGACCACAACUGGAAUCUUAUUAUCCAGCAGUUGAAGAAGGACCACCAGGUUUUUUGUCCCGUCAACAGAGGACAGAUUAUCGAUGAUGCCAUGAACCUUGCCAGAGCUGGUCAUCUCAGCUACAAGAUCGCCAUUGGCGCGUAUGCAUAUUUGCGGAAAGAAGAUGAAUAUCUGCCUUGGGCUACAGGCGUCAAUAAACUCUAUUACAUAGAGAGUAUGUUCAAACGCAGAAGUGGAUUCGGCGCGCUCAAGCACUACCUAUUGGAUUUGGUGUUGCCGCUCUAUGAGUCUGUUGGCUUCGACAACAAAAUAGAGGACUCUUUCUUGGAGCAUCAGAAGAGGAAGAUAGCCGUAAAAUGGGCUUGUAAACUGGGCCACAAGGUCUGUCUCGACAAGGUGCUCACUCUCUACAGGCACUGGAUGUCUCAUCCGGACAAUACGAGCAUCAUUUCGCCAAACCUCAAAUCAGCGGUGUACUGUCACGCCAUCGCCGAAGGCGGAGAGGCCGAGUGGGACUUCGCUUGGGACCAGUACAUUACCACCAGCGUCGCUACCGAGAAAAAGCUUCUUCUCAACUCUAUGUCCUGCACAAAACAAGCUUGGAUCCUAUCUAGAUACCUCGAGAUGGCCAUGAACCCGGGUAAUGGCAUAAGACUUCAAGAUGCAAUAUAUGUGUUAAGAUCCAUGAGUAACAAUGACGUGGGACGCUCCUUGAUUUGGGACUACCUCACACUUCAUUGGAACAAUAUUUACACAUUCAAGAAGAGGAGGAGAGGUGAAGUAUUGAAGAGGGUAACGCAAAUCUUCAACACAAAACAGGAACUCGAAAAGGUCCAGUCGUUUUUGAGGCGGAGGACGGUGUCCUUGGAAGGGAACCAGAGGAACGUCCAGCAGGCGGAGGAGAAGGUCAAGAACAACGUCGCCUGGAUGGACGCCAACUACGACGUCAUAGUCCAGUGGCUGGAGGAGAACGGUUACUCCUCGAAACUCAGGGUCAUUUAAUUCCAUCUUCGUCUGCCGCCUCUUUGGGGCUUGUUCUUCAAAGACAGAUGUAAUUUUGUCUGGUAUGCAUAUAAAUAUACAUGCCACACACACGCACACACACACAUAUAUGUUUGUAUGUAUGUGUAUGUAUUU